UAGGGUUUAUCCAAGACAAAACAUAAAAAAAUUGAUAAAUGAAAGGGGAUUUGUCGGCGGCGAGAAAGCCGACCCAAGAAAAAAUCAUUGAUGAAGCCUGGUUGGAGAUGGUGGAAACCAUCUUAAUUAAGGAGGAAGGACUUGAAUAUGUGCUCAAGCAUGGAGUCCCGCCGGAUCCAUCGAAGAAUCCAGAGUUAGAAGCGACGAUUACACGCGAAGAAGUUUCACAAUGGAGGGAACGUGUGAGAGAAGACAUGAGAGCACUCCAGUUUUUGCAGUUUGCUCUCCCAGAAUCUCUUUUCAGAAAGACAAUCUGGGCUCCUUCGGCUAAGAUUCUUUGGGAUUAUCUAUACGAAGUAGCUGUUCAUCGUGUAGCUGAAAGUGUUGGUGAUUUCACUUUUGGUGAGGAUACUUGGAGGAUCAGCUCCUCUAACUCGAAUCAUAUGACUCCAUAUGCCAAGUUCUUCACCACUUACGAAUCACGGCUAUCUAGGGUUGAAUUCACAUCUGGAGGUUGUACACUCUCAAAAGGAGUUGGAGAUGUGACUUUCAUGACUAAGGAUGGUGAGAAGACGAUCAAGAAUGUGCUUUACGUUCCAGAGAUCAAGGGAAACGCUUUGAGUGUUUCUCAGAUGGCAAGGAACGGCUUUAAAGUUGAAAUGGAUGGAGAAAGAUGCACCAUCUGGGAUCGAACGACUGGGAAAGUUUUUGGUGACACCACUAGGGAAGAGAGAGGCUUUUGCUUGCGUUUGGUUGCUUCUUCGGCUAAGGAUCACGUAGCUGAACAUUUUGUUGACAGAACAAAGCAAGCUAAGGUUAAAUUCACAUCUGGAGAUGGUACCACCACCACCUACGUGGCAGAAGGGAUUGGAAAUGUGACUUUCUUGACUAAGGAGGGUGCUCAGACGAUCGAGAAUGUGCUUUACAUUCCAGGGAUCAAGGGAAACGCUUUGAGUGUUUCUCAGCUGAAGAAUAGCGGAUUUGGAGUUGCUUUUGAUGAGGAGAAGACAAGAUGCACUAUAUGGAAUCAGACUACCUACUGGGAAGAAUUUUGGUAAAACCAUGUGGGAAAAUAGAGGCUACUGUCUACGUUGGAAUGUGCUUCAUCAAGGAUGUCAUGUUCAAAACAAGAAGAGAAAGU